UUAACUGGUGUAGAAUCAUCUGAAACUGCAUCAGAAGAAAAGUGAUCUGAUGGAGACAGGGGUUCAAAAUGUGCCAAGAUAACACAGAAUUCAUGGGAGGGGCGUUGGAAAAUAGCUAAAUAGGCCUACAGAGUGCCGGUGCUACUGUUCAGAGGCGGGGUGGGCUCCUGAGGCGCACGGAUCCCCCACUGUCCUGGAGACGACGUCGACUCUCUGUUAGAUGACAUGUGGCAAAUGUGAGGAGCUUCCGAUGAGACUGGCUCUGUAUUUCAGCUGUACCCAGGUCUGAGUGUGUCCCAGCCAGGAGAAGCGAUGAGCUGAGCAUGUACCUGCAGGCUGAGAGCGUAUGAGCGGCUCAGAGGCAGAUCCUCCGCAGAACACGCCCUGGUAGAAAAGGUAGGCGCACACUGAGCCUGAUCAGUGAGGAGCUGCGCUGCUUACCUGGAAACACCAGCCCCAAUGCUCCACCGCAGGCUCACUCCACCGGACACCUACCAAAUGAAAUCAGGACGAGUUGAUUUCCACAAACUUUGGUUUGUCCCCAGGAGCUCUACCCGCCUCUGCAGCCCGGAACACCUGGAGAUCCCGAGGGACUCGAUAGAGAAUUAAAGCAGGUUGUUACAACAGCAGGACAGAAACCUACCGGCUGGACUGAGCACCAUGAGUAGGAAGACAAGGCGCUGGAGUUUCCAUUUUUUCCUGUGCCUUGGAAUAGUGUAUUUGAAAAUCGGGGGCCUGUCAUCGGUGGUUGCACUGGGAGCGAGCAUCAUCUGUAAUAAAAUCCCCGGCUUGGCCCCCCGUCAGAGGACUAUAUGUCAGAGCCGACCAGACGCGAUCAUAGUGAUCGGAGAAGGAGUUCAGAUGGGCAUCAACGAGUGUCAGUUCCAGUUCAGACACGGACGCUGGAACUGCUCGGCCCUGGGGGAGAGGACUGUGUUUGGGAGAGAGCUCAAAGUGGGCAGUAAGGAGGCUGCGUUCACCUAUGCUAUCAUCGCUGCAGGGGUCGCCCAUGCAGUCACUGCAGCCUGCACCCAGGGCAGUCUGAGUGGAUGUGGCUGUGACAAGGAGAAACAGGGUUUCUACAACAAGAAGGAGGGCUGGAAGUGGGGCGGCUGCUCUGCAGACAUCCACUACGGCCUGAGUUUCUCCAAGAUGUUUGUGGAUGCACGGGAAAUUAAGCAGAAUGCCAGGACUCUCAUGAAUUUACAUAACAAUGAAGUAGGACGCAAGGUCCUGGAGAAGGGCAUGCGCCUGGAGUGCAAGUGUCAUGGUGUGUCAGGAUCUUGCACCACCAAAACCUGCUGGACGACGCUCCCCAAAUUCCGACAGCUGGGAUACAUUCUCAAGGACAAGUACAACCAGGCUGUGCAUGUGGAGCCGGUGCAAGCCAGCCGCAACAAGCGCCCCACCUUCCUAAAGAUCAAGAAACCCCAUUCCUACCGGAAACCGAUGGACACAGAGCUGGUCUACAUCGAGAGAUCACCAAACUACUGCGAGGCCGACCCUCUGACUGGCAGCAUGGGAACGCAGGGUCGUCUGUGCAACAAAACGGCCCAGCAGCCUAACAGCUGUGACCUGAUGUGCUGCGGCCGGGGUUAUAACACACACCAAUACUCACGAGUAUGGCAGUGCAAUUGCAAGUUCCUGUGGUGCUGCUAUGUCAAAUGCAACACCUGCAGUGAGAGGACAGAGGUGUAUACGUGUAAAUAGAGAUAUUUAUUGGACAUAUUUAGACAGCUAGGCUGGACUGUGUAUGUGGGUGUGUGCGUGUUGUCAGUACACAGUAUUUCUCUGUGGCUGUGUGAAAUGACUGACUUGUUGUUUCGGCAUUGCAGCAACUACAACAACCACUUCCCCCGACCUGUGUUGAUUACACUGACGCCAGUGUACAUCUGUCAUCUGAACUCAACCUGUGGACUCAUACAUUUUAUUUUCAUUUUUUAAGUUGGAUGCCAUUUCGUGCCCUAGGCUUGUCUUCUCUGCAGGCCAUACUGGUCUACUGGCAUCACUCACCUCAAACAGUAAUAGCUUUUUUUUUUCUUUUUUCUAGACUAAUAAUUUAUUCAGUGAGGAAACUACUGAUAAUUUUGUAGCUUCACUGUCAACUAAAUCUGAUAUGGCUUUAAGUUAGUGCAGAUGCCAGACAUUUUAGUAAAAAAAAACAAAUCAACUGCACUUCAAAGCAAAACGACUCCUUGUUUUCUUCUUUUUUUCAUGAGGCAACUUAAACACUGGAGCUGAAAACUGAAACCAUCAGAGCUGAACCUGACUGAUUUUGGAAACCUGCUGCUUAUAUGUAUUAUACCUAGUAGAAGCACAUUAGACUACUGAUGAGCUCAGUAUGAUAGUGUUGUUUUCUACUGCUGUCUGUCCCCCUUCCCUUCCUGUUUGCUGUUAGUUCUGUGGAAAGAUAUGGAGUUUGUGACCAAGCAGCUGUACUGAUUCUCCAAGCUAAGUUAACACCAGGAGCCAACGGACAUUUCCAGACAUAAAUUCCCCUCAAUGUUGAUUGCAAGAAUAUAUUUUGUAAGAGAUUAUUUUUAUAUAAAUGUUUUUAUUUAUUUUCUAUAUUUGAUAUUUUUUCCUUUAGCAUUUCUAACCGUUAAGUUUAGCAAAAGGAAUUGACACCUCUGAACCACUGUCUUAAAAAUGUGCCUUGUUCCUUAGCAGCAGAAUAAAGGCCUGGUAAGGCCAUACUGAAAUGUGCGGUAUUGUGAUGUAUUUCAGGAAAGGUCUCACUUUGCCUUUUUACCUAUAGAAAGCUGAAGUCCCAAUGCCAUCUCCAUGCUAGCCAUUGGUGUCCCACCAUUGUUAGCUUGUAUGACUGAGUGCUGUAUAUGCUGUAUACCCUUGUGUAGGGUUUCCUUCAUUUCUUUUUCUAAAAAGUCAAAACAUAUUUUUCGAGUUUAGUAUUCAUUUUUUAAGAUAAACUACUGCAUCUCUUGCCAUUUCAUUUUGAACCCUUGUUAAUUUUAGCAAAGUUAAUCAGUCAAUUUGUUAGCUUACAACAAUUAGCAACUCUGAAUUUUUAACAGUGAGGUACAUUUGUGAUCCAUUUUAUGAGCAAUAUGUCAUUGUAACUGCUGGUUUCUGGCUUAUUCAUGCCACAGUCUUUUUUUUCCCCAUCUUUUCAUCUUUUUAGUUGUAAACUCUGCUGUCUAAAAACCAUUCUCGACCUUUCUGUCUGCCAUUUUUUUGGACUUCUGAGCUGCUAACAAUUAACUGUAGGUCGUAAAUGGUGAAAAGGAUGCUAAAACAAUAAAUAAACGUAGAA